GAUGUUUUUAGUUCAUUUACCGUCUACUCACGUAUUGGUUCAGACACCUUAGAUAUCAGCUUUACCUGUAGUAGGUAAUAGGCUAUUGGUUAACUAAUUUUCAAAAUACAAAUAUGUGGCACUUUAGCUUGUGCUUAAUAUGUAUCACGGUCGGCGUUUCUGCACAAAUAUCAAAUGUCGAUCAAGCCAUGAAAAAUCAACAAGUUGUACCUCACGUAAUUCCAGAUGCUCCAAAAGAAAUUAUACAAGUAAAUUAUUUGAGUGGCGCGGAAGCAUUACUUGGCAAUGAACUUACACCUACUCAAGUGAAAGACCAACCGUCAGUUAGUUGGAAUGCUGACCCUAGUUCAUUUUACACGCUAUGUUUGACCGAUCCUGAUGCUCCGAGUCGCGCUGAACCUACAAUAAGAGAAUGGCGUCAUUGGUUGGUGGGAAACAUACCCGGUGGAAAUGUGAACAUGGGAGAAACACUUACCGGAUACAUAGGUUCUGGACCUCCACCAAAAACAGGUAUUAUAUAAUGAUUAAUGAAUCUA